AAGUCACAGGUGUGUCCACUGCUCUGCCCCUCCCAGAAUGUUUGUGCGUGUGUGUGUGUGAGGCUCACUCAAUCUGCCUGUUUUGAUGGGUCUGUGUGUGUGAAUAAGCGAGAGUGUGUGGGAGAGAGUGUUUAUGUGUUUCUGGUGGCUAUGCAGAGUGUCUGCCGAGCAGCAAGUGUUUCCUGUCCAGGGAAGCUGAGAGAGAGAUUAUAGGGACUACACGUGUAUUCAGGAUGAAAAUCAGAAAGCACAGGCUGCUCCUGAUCUGCUCAGUCGGGAUUUGUGUCGUCUCUCUUCUCUACUGCUACAAAACUCUCCAACAGGACACGUUUCACCUUUCUGUUCACCAGUCGGGUAUAAAGUCCCUGUUCCUCAGAGGCUUCUUCUGGGGAGAUUCACUAAGCAUAGUCCUGGUCGGCCACAAUAACAUCCUUUCUAACAGGAUCAGCCACCAGAAGGAGGUAAUAAGGAAAGGGGCAUCUGAUGGACAGGUGUCAGAUCUGGUAAUGCCUGAUCCCACUGGUCCGCAUGGGGAUAUCCACAAGCGACAGUAUAUUCUGCAGGAUGAUUUGACCCCAUAUUUUUUAAGCACAGAAGCGGGUGUGCUGUGCUUCCGUGAAGGGACAGAGAUGGCUGAAGACACUGUGGACAAAGCUGGGCAGCGGUUGAUACUGGAGCACCAUAAGAAAAAUAAUACAGUUCUUGAUGAUCGUCUGAACAAGACUGGAAAGAAAGCUGCAAAAUGCACUUGCCGAACGGGUUGGCACGGCCCUAAUUGUGGCGUGCCCACUGUGGUUCAGCACUCGAAUCUUCGAACCAAGUCACACCUGAGUCCCAGAAAGGUUCCACGGCGGAUUAUCAAUGCUAUCAACAUCAAUCAUGAGUUUGACCUGCUGCACACCCGGUUUCAUGAACUGGCAGACACUGUGGAUCUCUUCUUGGUGUGCGAGUCGAACUUUACCGCCUAUGGAAAUUCCAAACCACUUAGGUUUCUGCAGCUGCUCCUUAACGGGACUUUCAGCUACAUAGAGCACAAGAUCCUCUACAUCUUCCUCGACCACUUUCCAAACGGAGGGCGAGCCGAUGGCUGGAUUGCAGACGACUAUCUGCGCACCUUCCUGACCAAAAACGGAUUGUCGAGGGUUCAGGGUCUUAGGCAGGACGAUGUGUUCGUUCUGGACGAUGCUGAUGAGAUUCCUCUGAGGGAAGGUCUUCUUUUCCUCAAGCUUUAUGAUGGCUGGACAGAGCCGUUCGGAAUCCACAUGCGUAAGUCCUUGUACGGCUUUUUCUGGAGGCAGCUGGGUACACUGGACGUGUUGUCAGGAUGCACCGUGGCCAUGCUCCUCACUGUCUACAAGGGGGAUGGGAUUCUGCUGAGAAGGAGGGAUUAUUACAACAUGCCAGGAUUCAGGCAGUAUAAGAAGACCUCAGGACAUGUGCUGAUCCCUUGGUCUAUUGGAAACCCAGUUCACUACGCGGGUUGGCACUGCUCGUGGUGUUUCAAACCAGAGGGAAUUUAUUACAAGUUGAUUUCUGCACAAAACGGCGACUUUCCUCGCUGGGGAGACUUUCCGGAGAAGCGAAACCUUACCUAUAUAAAGGAGCUAAUAAGAACUGGUGGCUGGUUUGAUGAUUCAGACCCAAGUUACCCCCCGUCAGACCCUAAAGAGCACAUGUAUGCUCCUAAAUAUUUGCUAGAAAAUUUUGAAAAGUAUCGCUACUUGCUUGAGAACCCAUAUGCAAAAAGAUGAAUGCAAUAUCCUGUCCAGCAGCGGGCGUGAAAAAGACUUAAUCAUCUGAAAACUCUAAUCAGGGCUGGCUCUAGCAUUCUGAGGGUACUUAUUCUCUGUGGGACAUGGGUUAGAAAAUAAAUGUAAUGAAAACAUCAUAAUGCAAGAACUAGUUCACUUUUGACUGAACUUUCUGCGUUUUAAAUAGUGAUCUGUAAAUAUUGUGACCUUAAUUAUAAUCUUGGAUCUGUAGAACAGGCCUGGGAAUAUACUUGUGGUGGACAUGCUUUUUAGUCUAGGCCAGGGGUUCUUAACCUUUUGCACUGUGCGACCCAUUUUAUGGACUCAAAUUAUUUUUACCUCAUAAUAUUAAUAAUGAUCAUUAUGUCAUAAUAACAAUUAUAUGAGUUUACUCCAUUAAUGUGAUGGCAUUCAUUUGUGAUGCAACAGAAAGCAGGUUCCUUACAAACUCUCACUCUCCUGCUUGCUUUCUACUUAUGAUUAAGUCCUAAUGUUAACAGUGGAGUUUGCUGCUGGGAAAGUGAGACCAGCAACCAGCAAAACAGUCUCGCUAAUAUCUACAGUGCCAUAAUACAUUUAUUAUUCAGUUCUGUAUUUUAAUUUAGAUUUUACAGGAUGUCCCUUCCUAAAAAAAUAAGCAGCUUUUGAAUAAUUAACAUGUAGCUACAAAGUUAUAAUUAUUUCCUAUACCGACAAUGUGAGGGUGGGUUAAUUUCUUGCAAACACUGCACUGUUUUUGAAAAAUACUAUCAAAACUGCAAUUCCACUAAGGGCUUUUUCACACUGAAAACAGUAAAUGCUCUCGGGUGCAGACUAAAACAACGAAAGGAUGUGCUGUCAGUUUCAAACUACCUCUUUAGGUUUGAGAUAAACAGCUGUUCAGGUGCAGCAAUAACCUUAUUUAUUACCAGGAUUAUUACCACAACUAUAACGAUAUGCUGUCUCUGUUGCUGCUCCAUGCAAACUGUUUUAACACUGAAAGCCGUAUGUACAACGUUUGCUACUCAUGGCCGUGCAUCUCCACUUAUUGCACGGACAUCUGCACAGCACAUCCUACACAUCCUUAAAAUAGCUUUACACUGCACAAAUAUAUGUGCUGGUCUGUAACACAGGCCCUUUUUGCUGUAUUUCCUUUAUUGCUCCCAUGACAGACAGCUGUGACCAAUCAGAGAUAACAGCAUGCUUGUGUGGUUUGUUGAGGAGCAUUUCUGUGUCUUUAGGUUUGUGCCUGUGUGAAAACAUAAACGAAGGGGGAAACACUCCCCCUCAAUAAAGAAACUUAUCAACUGAUUCGGGCCAUAGAAGCAGACUACAGGUGUGAAAAUGUCUUAAGAUGAGCCUAAAUAAGCACACACAUAUCAGCCUUAGAAACAAUGCUGUUUUUUAUCCAAGCUCAAUUUUCCACUUCUACCUUUUAAAAAGAACUUAAACAGUAAAAUUGAAUCAAGUUGAAUCGAAGCGUCAAGAAAUACGACCACUGAAUUUCUCUGAUUCAUUAAAACAGCAUAAUGUCCAGAUAUGAUUCUCUGCUAAAUCCAAGGUUGAACAAUUGCCAUUAAUUAGCAUUACUACUAGGACCCCCUUGGGUGUCGCAACCCUCAGCAAAAGAACCCCUGGUCUAAGCUCAGGUUAAAUCUGGGAAACAGACCCAACAUAUGGUAAAUGUCAGCAACAAUACAUUUAAUUAACAUUUUCUCUCCUCACUUAAGCACCUAUUAUAUUUCUAAAUUUGAAGACCAAUUACCCCACCCACUCAUUAGGUCUCCCUCUAUCACUAGCGAUGCCCCCAACACCAGGAGGGUGAAGACUAACACAUGCUUCCUUUAAUAUAUGUGAAGUCAGACUCCGCCUCUUCUCCAUCUGCUGCUGAUGCAGCAUCACUGGGUAGCUGGCAUGCUCAGAAGAAAAGCACUGGAUCCCCAGCUCUGAUACAUCAGCUAACAGAUGCCUGGGAGAGAGCGCCACCUACUUUCCCAGAGAGAGAAUGCCCAGUUUGACAGACAGUCAGACAGUUUGACUGUAAGCAGCAUUACCCAGGAUUCAAACCAGUGAUUUAUAGAAUCAGUGGAACAUUACUUGGGCAGUUGAAGAUAAUGUGAAUGUUUUACUAAAGUUGAUACUGAGAAAUGGAAACAUGUUCAGACUAUGCCACCCGGAAAUGCAGUGCACUUGGAAACGUUUUAGAUAGCUAAAUAGUAUGAGACCAGACUCACUGUAUUAUUACUGGCCUUUUCAAUUUUUUUAAAUGGGGUUGUGAUGUGAAAUUGUGGAUCAUUGUAGAGAAAAUUUGCUCCUUACAGUGGUGGUGAAUGGAAUCAGGGGUCACUAUGGUCACAACACAGAUAUUUUUGUUUCUUAAUAGAAGAUGAUAAUCAUCCAGCAUGCUUUCUGCCAAGCUAUUUUUCCUUCAGAGUGACUAUUGCUGUGUUAUGCCAGUAUAAAGUUACACCUUGCAGUAAAGAAAAUGGCAACAUGCUCUGAUAGCCUACAACAUUGCAGCCAGGCAAUCAAAAAAUAUAAUAUGAAAAAAAAAAAACUUUAUGCCUAAGCAAAGGAAGCCUGUGUGGACAAAAAUGCACACUAAUAGUGAGGUAGUGGCAGAGGACAUGCCCACUAUGCAAAUAAAUGAUGUCAGGACCCAAUAGGGAAGAUGCAUGUGUCAAUAUGGUUCUGCACUAUUUAAAUUGAAGUUAAACUUACUAAGAUGCAGCAUCUAAAAUAUACUUCAGUGAGUGUGAACAAGUUAAAAUCAUUAGAAUAAUAUCAAAUUAGUUAUUAUACAUAACUAAUAUUAUUUGAGAAAGCAGCGAUGUUACCUUUUAAUAAUAAAAUGUUUCCCCCCGUAGAUUUGUUCCACCCAAAGCUUAUCAUGCACUGAAAAAAAUGUGGAGUAGGAUUUACUUACAAAAAACGUAGGAACGUUUUUUUUUCACAUAAAAAGAGCAAGUAAAUUUAACAGAACAUAUAUUUAAGUAAUAUUUGCUCAUAAUUCUCAGUGUAUUUAACUACACAUUUUUCAGUAAAUGUAACUUUGCAACAUGUUUAGUCAGUCUAGAUUUUACUCAGUGUAUCUUUAGUAGAUUUUACUACAACAAUGUAGCACCACAUUGCUUUUAUUAUUUACUUAAUAAUAGUAGUAGUAAUUUUAAAAUUCUUCAGUAAUGCUUACUUGCCAAAUAUUUUAUUUAUUGUAAUAUUAAUUUCUGUACACUGGCUCAGAUUAACUCAGUCAAGUCAUCAUUUCGCUUUGACUCAGUUAAGUUGUAAAUACCUACAAUUGCAUAAGUCAAAGCUAGAUAACAACUUGAAUCAGUGAAGUUUAUUCAACUGAGUUUUGCUCACACAACUACAGUUUA